GGGCGGUGGCGGCGGCUCCCAGCUCCGCCCCACCCCGCCGCGCCUGUGUGCGCGGAGAGCCCGCCGGGGGGACGAGGGUUGCGGGGCGCGAUGGGGCGGGCGGGCCGCCGGCUGCCCGCCGUGGCGGCGGCGGUCUUCUACGGGGCGCUGGCGGCGCUGGUGCUGGUAGGGGUGCGGGACGUGCUGUUCCUCUACGAGGAGAACCGGUGCAGCAUGACCUACAUGUACGAGUACCCCGAGUACCUGAAAAUAAAAUUACCGAAGAAAACAGCCAGAAGAUACCCAGUAUAUGAGCUCUAUCUUUAUGGGGAAGGGAACUAUGCUGAAGAAAACAAAAAUCUCCUCUUGACAGGAAUUCCAGUUCUCUUUCUUCCCGGGAAUGCUGGCAGUUACAAACAAGUACGUUCCCUUGGCUCCAUUGCACUUAGAAAAGCAGAAGAUGUUGAUUUCAAGUAUCAUUUUAAUUUCUUCAGUGUCAACUUUAAUGAGGAGCUGGUUGCAUUGUAUGGUGGUAGCCUGCAACGGCAGACCAAGUUUGUGCAUGAAUGCAUAAAAGUAAUUCUUAAGUUGUACAAGGAUCGAGAAUUUGCUCCAACUAGUGUUGCAAUAGUAGGUCAUUCCAUGGGUGGUCUUGUUGCAAGAGCAUUGCUUACUCUGAAGAAUUUUAAGCCUGAACUUAUAAAUCUCCUCAUUACACAAGCCACACCUCAUGUUGCACCUGUAAUGCCUUUAGACAAAUAUCUUACGGAUUUUUAUACAGCUGUAAACAGUCAUUGGAUUCUAAAGGCCCAAGAUUUAAGAAAUUUAACUACUCUUUCUGUGGCGGGAGGAUUCAGAGAUUACCAAGUUCGUUCAGGACUGGCUUUUCUACCAAGAUUGAGUCAACAUGACAGUGCCUUAUCUGUUGUGAGCUCUGCUGUGCCUAGAGCUUGGGCCUCAACAGACCAUCUCUCCAUAGUGUGGUGCAAAGAAUUGAUUCUGGCUACCAUUAGAGCUUUUUUUGAUCUCAUAGAUGAAAAUACAAGGCAGAUAACUGAGGAUCCAAAGAAAAGAAUGGCUGUACUGAAUCACCACUUUGUGAGACACCCUGCAAAGAUAUUUGAGGAAAAUCCUGAAGCUUUUACGGAACUCACAGGAGCCUUCAUGUGGGUUACAGUCAAAGCCUCAAAAUGGACUUACUUAUUUUACAAUGAUUCUGAUGGAAAAUAUUUCACAUUUCCUCUUGCAAGCCACAGAAAAUCAUACAGUCAUGUUUACUGUGAAAACAGUAUGUUGGACACAAGUAGCUGGAUUUAUGGCUGUAUCAACAGUAAUUCAUCAAUGUGCCUGGAAGCUAUUGACUUAUCCUGGAAAGCUGAGUUACUUCCAACUACCAAGGUUGUAAUACUGAAACUUCAGGACUACCCUUCUUUGUCGCACAUUGUCAUUCAGGCACCACCCACAGUUUACAAUAAGUACACUUUGGACUGUGAAUUCUUCAACGAGGAUUCCAGAACAUUACAGCUUCCUGUAACGCAUCUCUUUUCAUUUGGGCUUUCUUCAAGCAAAAUUCUUUUAAAUUCAACUGGCUUACUUUACAAUGUACAGCUCCAGCACUUUAACCAAAUAUAUCAAGCUUUCAAAAUUUAUGUAGAGAGCCACUGCCAGUCACUCAAAGAAAGAAAACCUAGUGUUUACAGACUUCAUAUACCUUGGUCACAUGAAGACUCAAUAAUUGUAGCAAAAGUUCCGUCUUUCACUGAGAUCUCUGCAAAGCUGCAUACAGCUCAACCGGAAAAUGACAACAGGGUUCCAGAGUUAAAUAUUUACGCUUCCUCAGACUGUCAGUAUGAAGUAAUUCUGAAGACAUCACUUGUACAGAUUCUUGGGCAAAUAAUAAGGUUCCAUGCUGGCGCUCUUCCUGUCUAUGUUGUUUCUAAUAUUCUUCUUACUUAUGGAGGACAAUUGAGCACGUUGAUAUCAACAGGCCAGUGUUCGGACUUUUCCCUUGAGCUGGUUAGGACAGCUAAACCCUACAAAGUAGAACCUCUCAUAAGCAUUAUUGUGUUUCUGCAGGGGUUUCACUGGUUUAGAGUGAUAUGGGAAUCACUGUCACUACCGGAGGUGGAUGCUGCUGUACUGAGUAGUCAGGAUGCAUGGUUCCCCCUUGUGUCCCUGAUUCUGUUUCUUUUUGGGACAGGCAUUGCCUACUGGAGUGGAGUAUUUUUCUAUACAUCUCUGAGGCUCUUCUCUUCAUUCUGGCUCACUCUGAUUAGACCUACUGUACUUCAUAAAGAUAACAAGUUGAUUACACCCAGAAGACUCUGCGGGGUAUUAUCCCUCGCUUUGGUUAGCUGGACCACUUGCGGUGCAUUUGCUGUAUUCAUUAUUUAUCUUCAAUACUUGUUUAAGGUACUACAACUCUGUGCUUGUUUUAUGACUUUUGCCUUUAAUUUUCAGGAUUCAGACCGCUCAAAAGAAACUUCACAGAACUCCAGUAUGCACACAGUCAAACACCAGAGCUCAAUGGACAGUACCUCAAAAGCAACACAAUCGCUUUCCAACUCUACAACAAUUGCUGAAGCCGUUAACAGUCUUAAGAUGCAUGUUACAAUUCUCAAUUUAUUCACGUGGAUUGUGCUGCUCAACUUGCCAUCUUUAAUUUAUUGGUUAAAAAAUCUCAGGUACAAUGUUAGACUUGAUCCUGAUCCAUGUAGAUCUACAGCUAUUAUCCUUGUAUGCAUUUUAGAAAUUCUUAUGAAUUCAAGUACUUCUGAAGUGAAAUCAAGUAAACUCUUGAAGAUCGCAGCCAAAGUUCCACUCCCUUUGUCUGUUGCAAUGUUGGCCUUUGGACGAAUGCAUUUAUACAAAGUACCACAUUUUGUAACCUUUUCUCUUCUUCUACAUGUGCUGUGUUGUUUUGUGUAAUGUUUGUUGUACGUGGGGAGAACAGUGCACCCUAGAGACUUAACACUGGAGACAGGCAAAUUUCAACAAAGAAACGGCUAGAUUAAUAUCAUCAGUAGUUUACACAAUGUGGGAAAGAGGACAGAACUGUGAAUACUUGAUGAAAAGUUUGUGGUUCUGUUCAUGUUGCUUAGAAAGCCUUUCAUGGUGUGAAAAUGUUCACAGGACUGUGAAAAUUAAGUGAAUUAACUUUGUGUGUAUGUAAGCACAGAAAUCACGUUAGUGUAACAUCUCAAUACUCUGUUUGCCUUGUAGACACUUUGAUAUUUCACUGUACUUCUUUGUUGAAAGAGACAUUUUUUUACUCUCUAUGCCAUACGGUCCAUGUGUUCUGAACUUGUGUCUUUUGCAGGUCUAAAUAAUGCUGGUUAAAACUCAAUACAUUUCAAGCACACUGUGACUAUCACAAAAACUACACAGCCAAGUAUACUUUUAAUCAUUUUAUGCUACAUUUAAAAGCUGCCACAGUUGUGUCCAGACAAACUAGAAUGUAUUGCUUCUAUAGAACUGUUAUUUCUAUCAAAUCAUUUGUUCAAUCACUGUGAGUUGAACAUUCGUGAGAUUAUUAAAAAGUCUUACACAUUUUACUUUUUGUGAGAGUGAGCAAACAACAAUAUUCUGUGUAGCUUUCUAUUCAGGAAGGAUACCAGCAGAUUCAGAAACAAUUUGCUGUAAUGUUGUUUUAAAACAUUGCCGGUUUUCUCUGGAAUUUUGUCAAUUCUGCAACUGCUCCUUGGCCCUUGUCCAUCUGUUGAAGCUGGCCAACCUUGAGGUAUGGUUUGAGUGUACAGUGCAGUUGCUGUACCGCACUGUUUCCAAGUAGACAAGGCAGGGGUUUUUUUCCUAUUGUAAAUGGAGAAUCAGCUGUCUCAUAAGAAAUGUCCAUACAUGAAAUGAAUGUGGAAUAGUUACAACACUGUAAAUUAUGCUCUGCCAUACGGUUCUGACUUCCUCAUGUGGACAAGCUUUUAGUAAUACUGGGAAAUACUGACCAUAACUAUUAGCUCUGUACAAAGUAUUAUCUUAGUGCCUAGAUGCUACAGUGACUGCCAUUUAUAACAAAGCCUAAAAUAGCUAUAUAUAAGGGAUUCUGUCCCCUGGGUAUGUGUUUUGCCAACAGAAGAAAUCUCGGUAGCCAUUAGGUUAAAAUGAUAUACUGAUUCUGUGUAGAGAUGAGCCUAGUACUUGCUUCUGUGUUAGCUGUCUCCACUCUGUCUGAGAUACCCGUUAUCUUCGUAUGGAAAUACUAGACCAGCUCAGCCAUCUUACACAAGUAAUAAGAUGAAGUCUGCUACCCACAGUCAAUCAAGUAUAUUCUUGAUAUAGUAUUGCAGCUAGCCUGACCCGUUAAUUUUAUUGUAUCUCAUUAAUCUUGCCUAAAGUGCCUCAGUUAGUUCUAGCGUGUUGUUAAGGCAAAUUUAUUUGAGCUGGCUGGAAGAACUUAAUUAGCACAGUGACUUUCCAAAAUGAAGGACAGAUAUGAAGUAAGCGUGUAUUUCUCUGCUUAUAGCCAAAUCAGCAGUUCAAGUUAUCAGUAAGUCAUUAAAACUGCUUAAAAUGAGUAAGACUAUUGUAGUUAACCAAGCCACUGUUACUGUUACCAGUAAUCUAUGUGCUGCUAUUCUAGUCUUAACCUUUUUAAAAAACGGUUAGAUUAUCUCUAGGGUUUGUAAAUCAGAAAAGGUAUUUGAAUAGAUUAUAUCUUGAUACUUUCUAAUAAAAUGUAUGCUACAGUAUAUAUAUAUAAUUUCUAUGUCUAAAUAUACUUGUAGCUAAAUCCACCAGUUGGUUUAACCUAAAAGUUGCUGCUCAGACAUAGAAGAAUAAUUUUUCUGCUUUCAAAAGGCUGUGAUUGAAAGAUAAUGGCAGAACUGCAUUGGAGCUGAUAAAAGGCCAUCUGGGAGCUGUGUAGGAUCUGAUUUCUGCAGAAGAUGAUUUUCCUUGGCCUUCAUGGUCCUUUUGGCUUACUACUGUAUUUUACUUUAUGCAGGAAUCCAUUUGUUGGAGCUGUUGGUGGAAUAAAAUAAUAAUCAGAAUAAUGAGAGCAAACAGUCUCUGCACGUAGUAGCUUUGAUAGCUUCCAAAAUCUGCCACAAUUUGGGAUUUACUGAAUUUCAGCAACGUAUAAUACCAUUUUUUUUAAUUUAAUGAUAUUUUAAAAGCUGGGAAUUGUAUUGAUAUGUGUUACCAGUCCUCAUGAAAUGGGAUACAGAAUCUUGCAUCGAUUCCUACCUGAUUUUCAAGUUGGAGGUAGGAAUAGAUAUAAUCCUGAGUCCGAGAUCCCAGAUGACAGAAUUUACCAUAUGUCCCUAAUGCUCCCUUUUUUUCAGAGGUGGUUUACUUUCACAGGGGGAAGGAGGGAAAGUCUUACUGCUACUCUGGAUUUAAAUGCAUUCUGUGUCAUUGGUUAGAUGAAAACUGCUUUCAGAGAUGCGUGUCUGGAUUUUGCAGUGAUUGUGGACUGUGUAACUUCAGCUAUUUGAAAGAUUCGGUGUCUAAUCCCAACUAGAUUUUCUAUAUAAUCAGUGGAGGGGGAUAGGAUUAGAAUAAGUCCAGAGGACAAUUCAUCCUAUUCUAGGAGAAGAUGAAUUAUCCUACUUGUCAUUCUGAAAAAGACAAGAUUUUAUAAGAGUCUAAAAUUGUUUUUCAGAUAAAAUGCAAUGAUUGUUGUUACUUUUGGAGAAGAGGCUUCUGUUAUGUGAAUCUCUAAAUCUGCCACUGUUCACAAUUAGAAUCUCAGCAGAAACAUAGGGUAAUUCAAUAUAAAUAAUUUUAAUUGCAUGUGGAAGAAAGUGUAAAUAUUACUGAAAUAUCCUUCAUUAUGAGUAGUCUGCAUUUAUAAAACAGCUUUUGGCAAAUAUAUCGUAAUGUCUCAGUACCUUUAACUAAAUUAAAAUUUGAGUUUAUUCUUCAAAUUUUAGAUUAUCUAGACUGGGAGAAAAUCAAGACACAAAUUAACUUGUAAUGAAUUAGACCUUUGCUCUAUAAGGGAAGAUUUCUGUUAACGUGCAGAGACCCAAAUUCUAUUCCGUCCUUUUUCAGAAGUUGAGGUAUUAAUUUUACAAAACCUACAAAACCUUCAUCUAUGUGGAUGUUCACCACAUUUAGAUGGAGAUUAAGCCACAUAAGCAUUUGGGUCGAGAUUAAGCCAUGGUUUGUUGGCUUUUACCUCAGGAUGCAUUCAAAACAAGAACUAUUUGUGUGGCUCUUUUCUAAUAUUUUUUUAUAAGCUAUCAGAAAUGGAGUAAAAAAACAGGGUAUGAACCUAGAGUACUAAAUGUCACUAAUUUUAGAUACAGCAUAUAUGUACAGAAGAAUCUUUCUUUGGCAGGGGCAGAGGGAGAUUGAAUGAGAUGCUUUUAGUGGAAUCUCCAUACCCUUAAUUGCUCUUGAAGUCUGUAAUCUUUUCUGGUUGAUAUGGUCAAAUGUUUUUCUCAUAGUCUUGUGGUGCCGCAGUCAGAGUAGCUACAUCUGUAGCUAUCAGUUCAUAAAAGGUCUACGCUUGUGUGGUAAGGAAAAACUGUUGCCUCUUAACUGGAAUUACCAAAUGUACCUUGAAACUGAAUGAAUGCAUGUUGUCCAAAGGUGGUAUUUUCAAUUUUGAUUUAAAAACUGGUUGCAGUAUGUCAUGUUUCAGUGUCCUGGUAAAAGGGGGAUUGGUUUGGGGGGUUUUCGUUAAGGUUUUGUUUGUUUGGUGUCAAAAAAAAAAAAAAAAAAAAAAAACAGAAACUGGAAUUUAAAUUAAUAUUUCUAAUAUUUAGAGUUCUGCUCUGAUUUUUAUUUUGAGUGAGCUGAUACAUGUAGCAAUUCAUUCCAAAUCAUUAAUUUGCUAAAUUUUUAAAACAAACAAACAACACAACAAAACCCUAAACAACGUAGUAGUAAUAUAUUGUAGAAGACGUAGAGACUGCCUGUAUGUCUAAGUGAACUCUUCAACUAUAACCUAAUGGGGCUACCUUUAAGGUCAGUGUUUAAAAAAAUAAAAUAAAAUAUGUUAAUACUUAAAAAAAACCAAAAA